CUCUCUCCCCCCUCCCCAUCCCCCAGCCCCCCAGCUUUGAGCCGGUAGGGGCUACUCUCCUGCCUUCACCUUCUUCUCCCUCCCUCCUGCCCUUCCUCCCUGAUCCCCGAUUCCCCCCUCCCCCCGCCCCGGGAGGUUGCCUGGAUUUAUUGACAAGAGUCCAUCCUGGCGCCGGGGAAGAUGGCUGCGACGCUGAGGUAUUCGUUGCUGCCGUCGCUGUGGAUUCUCCUCCUCUGUCGGCCAGCGCUGGUGAUCAAGAUCCCUGAGGAAUACCAAAUGCAAGACCUGAAUCAGCCUCCCGUGAUCACAAACCAGUCCCAAGAACGCAUCGUGGUCUACCCCACCGAUGACGUAGUCCUCAAGUGUGAGGCAACUGGCAAGCCCAACGUUAUGUUCCGCUGGACCCGGAAUCACGUGUUGUUCCGCCCGGAGGAGGAGCAGGGAGUGACCACCCACAACGGCUCAGGCUCCUUCACCAUCACUGGCAACAACAGCAACUUCGCCCAUCGCUACACGGGCGUCUACCGCUGCUAUGCCAGCAACGUCCUGGGCACUGCCAUGUCCAACGAGAUCCAUGUCGUGGCUGAGAGUACCCCCAAGUGGCCCAAAGAGAAGGUCCAGCCCUUCGAAGUGGAGGAAGGCAAGUCGGUGAUCCUGCCAUGCCACCCGCCCUCCAGCGUGGUGCCGCCCCGCAUCUACUGGAUGAACAGCAAACUCCUGCACAUCAUGCAGGAUGAGCGGGUGACCAUGGGGCACAAUGGGAACCUCUACUUCGCCAACGUGCUUACCUCGGACGACCACGCCGACUACAUCUGUCACGCCCACUUCCUGGGCGCCCGCACAAUCAUGCAGAAGCGUCCCAUCGAGCUCAGAGUCAAACCAACCAACUCAGUGAAGUUCCGGAAGCCACAUCUGCUCCUGCCUUCGGAGCCGAGCACCCGGCUGGUUGCCCUGCGGGGCCAAAGGCUGGCCCUGGAGUGUAUCGCUGAGGGCUUGCCCACUCCCAGCAUCACGUGGUCCCGGCCGAGCGCCCAGCUGCAGAAGGGCCGUGUGACCUUUGAGAACUUCAAUAAGACCCUGUGGCUGGAGAAGGUGGAGGAAGAGGACGACGGGGAGUACCGUUGCCUGGCCAAGAACACGGAGGGCAGCACGCAGCACACCUAUUAUGUCUCCGUCGAGGCUGCCCCAUACUGGUCCCAGAAACCAGAGAGCCGAUGUUACGGCCCCGGAGAGACCGUCCGUCUUGACUGCCAGGUGCAAGGCAAACCCCGGCCCGAGGUCACCUGGAAGAUAAAUGGGGUCCCCUUAGAUGACUUGACAAAGGACAAGAACCGGAAGGUGCAGGGUGGCGCCUUGAUCCUCAGCAACGUGCAGCCCAAUGACACCAUGGUGACCCAGUGCGAAGCCCGUAACACCCAUGGGCAGCUGCUGGCCAAUGCCUUCGUCUAUGUAAUCAAGCUGCCCACUAAGAUUCUGACCAAGGAUGGUAAGACCUACAAGACGGUGGAGGGAAGCACUGUGCAUCUGGAGUGCAAGGCCUUUGGAGCUCCCGUACCCAGCGUGCAGUGGUUGGCCGAGAGUGGGGUGACAGUCCUUCAGGAUGACCGCUUCUUUCCCUUCACCAACGGGACCCUACAGAUCCGCGAUGUGCGACACAAUGACACGGGUUCCUACUUCUGCCUGGCAGCCAAUGACCAGAACAAUGUCACCAUCUUUGCCAACCUUGAGGUCAAAGGUGCCACGCGAAUCGAGCGGGGACCCCGGAAUGAGACGGUAAAGAAGCUGUCCAAUGUGACCUUCCAGUGCCAAGCCUGGUUUGACCCAUCCCUCAAUGGCACCAUCUCCUGGCUCAGGGAUGGCCACAAGAUCCAGGAGCUCCCAGACAGUGACAAGUUCUUCUUGGAGUCUGGGAGGCUGACUAUCACCAACCUGGACUACUCAGAUCAGGGCAACUACAGCUGUGUGGCCCUGACAGAAGUGGAUUUGGUGGAGAAGACUGCUGAGCUGCUGGUGGUUGGGAGCCCUGGUCCUGUGAGCCAACUGGAGCUGUCCGAACAGCGGAACUGGAAGGUUCAGCUCUCCUGGGACCCAGCAGAGGACCACAACAGUCCCAUCGAGAAGUACAUCAUUGAAUUUGAAGAUGAGACCAUGGAGCCCGGCCACUGGCAUUUCCUCUCCUCAGUGCCAGGCAAUCAGACCUCCACCAAACUGCAGCUCUCCCCCUAUGUCCAUUACAACUUCCGGGUCAAAGCCACCAACAAAUACGGCUCCAGUGAGCCCAGCCAGCGCUCGGACACUCUGCUCACCCCCGAGGCGGUGCCAGAGAAGAACCCGAAAGAUGUCAAGGGGGAAGGGAAUGAGACCAACAACAUGAUAAUCAGUUGGAAGCCUCUUAAAUGGAUCGACUGGAAUGCCCCCGAGCUGAGCUACAGGGUGCAGUGGCGGGAGAAGGGUAAGGCAGAGCGCUGGCAGGAGCAGACGGUGAGCGGCCUAGAGCUGGUUGUGCCCCACACACCCACCUUUGUGCCCUACGAAAUCAAGGUCCAGGCGGUCAACAAAGUGGGCAAGGGGCCGGAGCCCCACGUCAUCAUCGGCUAUUCUGGGGAGGACUUCCCCCAGGUGGCCCCCCAGAUCAAAGAGAUAAACAGUGUGAACCGCAGCGCGGUGAAGAUCAGCUGGCGGCCUGUGAACCGGACGGGGCUCAACGGACACUUACGAGGCUACAAUGUCUCCUACUGGCGGGAGAAGGCCUCAUGGAGGCGUGGCAAGAGGCAUAUCCACGAGAGCCACCUAACAGUGCCCGGAGAUAGAACUGAGGCCGUCGUGGGCAACCUGUGGCCCUACAGUAACUACAGCUUCGUAGUGCGUGUCUUCAACGGGAAGGGCCCGGGGCCUUUCAGCGAGAAGAUAGCCUUCCAAACCCCCGAGGGAGUGCCUGGCCCCCCAGAGUCUCUGAGCCUAGAAGUCCUGUCAGAAUCGGAACUGAAGCUCACCUGGCAGCCACCCUUGAGACCCAACGGCAUCCUCACUGGCUAUGUGAUUGAACAUGAACAAGUUGUGAGCAGGGAAAAGUCACCCAAAAUCGAGCUCAAGGACCCCGAGGCCCUGCAGUACAACUUGAGCAGCCUCCAAGCCCGGACACAUUACCGCUUCUCCCUGCGAGCUACCACCAGUCAGGGGGAGGGCGAAGCCAUCCUCAAGGAAGGCAGCACCAUUCUGCAUUUAGGAUUCCCACGUUUGAAACAGUUCAAUACCGAAGUGGGGAAGAAUUUCACCGUCGUCUCCUGGGUCCCACAGGAGGGGCAGCGCAAUGUCGAGUUCAAGAUCUUAUUUGAAACCCCCGAGAGGGAUCAUGUGAUUACUCAAGUAGUCAACUCCAGUCAGAUGUUCCACACUCAGGGGAACCUGCAGCCCAGUACCCAUUACUACAUCAAGUUCCUGGGCCACAACUUCUCAGAGGAAAUGAAGCAAUUCCACCAAAUGGAGGUGGACACCAAUGGGAUGGGACUUGUGCCAGUGAAACAAGGGAACUUUGCCACAGAGGGCUGGUUUAUUGGCUUCAUCAGCGCCAUUGUCCUCCUCAUCCUCAUCCUUCUCAUCCUUUGCUUCAUCAAGCGCAGCAAAGGUGGCAAAUAUUCAGUAAAGGAUAAGGAAGACACCCAGGUGGACUCAGAGGCCAGACCCAUGAAAGAUGAGACGUUUGGGGAGUACAGGUCCCUUGAGAGUGACAAUGAGGAGAAGCCAUUCGAGAGCAGCCAGCCCUCUCUCAACGGAGACAUCAAGCCUCUGGGCAGCGACGACAGUCUGGCUGACUAUGGGGGCAGCGUGGACGUGCAGUUCAACGAGGACGGCUCCUUCAUCGGCCAGUACAGCGGCAAGAAGGAGAAGGAGGCCGCGGGGGGCAAUGACAGCUCAGGGGCUACCUCUCCCACCAACCCAGUUGUAGCUCUGGAGUAAAGGGACAGCGGCUGGGAGGGGGGACAGGGGAGCUCACCCCUGCCCUCCUCCCCGCCUCUAGACUACGGGGACCACUCCCCCGGAGACAGCCGAGGGAGGACAAAAAUCAGAGUCUCCCCCACUCCUUCCCUCCCCGUUGCCUCUGCCCCUGGGGGGAGCGACUAAAGCACCAAGUCACCCCCUCUCUCAGCCCUUGUAGGGGACUGGGAAACCGCAGACACAGAUUUGGGGGGGGGGGGGCGGGUAAAUGGGCUCAGAGCUGGGCCCCGUGGCUCUGGAUACCAUGGCCAUUCCCGUUCAGUUGCCAAAACCUGGUCCGCCCAUGACCCCCAUCUGUCCCUUUCCCUUCCAGAGGCCUCCCCUAAAAAUGUUCUCCUCCCACCUUGGCCUGACCCUCCCUGCUGUGUCUGCCCCCCCUCCCGACCCCACAACCACCCACUUUCACCAUAAACCAGAGAGCAUGUUGCGGGAGGGGGAAGGGGAAGACAGGCCUCUCAUCCCGGAGGACAUUUCCAAGUCCCUCACACUCUCUACCCCAGGAAGGGUGGCUGGAGGCCCCUGUCAGGCUGAUUUGGAGGUUCAGAUAUAUCUGACUUCCCAAAGCAGGGGCUGUUGCCUUGUCCCUCCACCCUGCUUCCAGGCCAGGGAGGGUUUGGCUUUGUACAGUUUGACUUUGCUAGUCUCCCAUAGCCCUUUCCCCCUUCCCCCAUCAGACUUUCUCACAGGGCAGGCUUGGGGGCACUGCCUCAUUAUCCCACCCCUCUGAGUUACCCUCUCCUCCCUGUCUCAGCUCCUUGGGAUUGUGGGGAAGCCAAGGGCCGUUCACCAGAGAGGAGGUGAUGCUCUUGGUCUGGCCCAUCCGGAGAGCCCAAGGGGCUCAGGAAAACAAAGGAAACCGCUUCCCCCCACCCCAGACUUUUCAUCCCUUACAAAACAACCCUAGUCCACGUCCCACACUGCUUCCAGGUGCAUCUCACACACAAGCUGCCUUUGUUCCACACACAACGCUGGAUAACACUUCAAGUGGCCUCGGUCAAACGUCCGUGAGCGUCUGACAUUCUCCCCCCCUUUCCAAGCCCCAGUCUUUCCCCUUUCCUCCACUUCUUGGGCUCCAGACUCGGGCAGAGGUGGGUAGAGGAGGAAACACGCAUGCAUAUACACACAUACACACACGCACGCACACACACACUCACUCACACAGGCUUCCCCAUCUCCCCCAGUGCACCCUUUCUGAAUGUAAAUACCUGGUGAUUUUUGAAAGUUUGUAAUCCCCGUCCCGCUAGUAUGUAGGCCAAUGUCUGAGUCUCUAGGUGAUUUCUAGGUUUCUAUAGCAACUAGCUUGAUGAUCCCAUACCAGAAAAAGAAGAAAAGAAAAAAGAAAAAUAGACUCUCCCUCUUCCGCCGCUGCACCCUCUCUUCCCCGUGUGUCCGUUUGGUCUGUCGAUAACUCCGACACGCUCUGUUUUUAUAUAUAUAUAUGUAUAUAUAACAGAAUUAUAACAGGUAAAUAAAACCUGGACAUGGA